UUGCUGUAACAUCUCUUAUGAGAACGUUAGAGCUUCAGUUCCUACACCCCCAACCACGUGUUAUUCUCACAAACAAAGAGCAGAUCAAGUCUCUUCAUGAUAAACUUGACCGUUUGCUAGUUUAUCUUGAGGAAUCUGAGAAGAAAGCCACCAAUUGGGAGGAGAUGAAAGAAGUCACAAACAAAAUAAGAGGAGUGAGUGCGAAGGCAGAAGAUGACAUUGAAGCAGAGCUGUUGAAGGAUCAUCAUUAUCACAAACUCGAGAAAACCUUGCAACGAGUAGUGCAUGACGUUGAAGAGUUGAUGCAGAUUACAAGGAACACCAACCACUUUCCCAGCAAUAAUCCCACGGUUGGAGGCUCCUACCAACGUACCUCAGAUGUGGAGGAUGCAAUGGUGGGACACUCAGAAGAACUGGAUGCGGUAAAGUCUCAGCUCCUUCACCACUCACUCAAACAACGCCAAGUAAUGGCAAUGGUGGGUAUGGGUGGUAUCGGCAAGACAACUUUUGUUAAGAGAAUUUAUGACGAUCCUAUUGUCACAUCUCAUUUUCAGUUACGUGCUUGGACAACCAUGUCUCAAGUGCAUAACAAAGCACAAGCCCUCUAUGACCUUUGCCGUUGCAUCAUGCCAAUGAGCAGUACCUUCAACAACAAAAUGGAGGGUGAUCUGGAAGUCCAAUUGCGCCAAAGCUUAUUGGGCCAGAGGUACCUUAUUGUUGUGGAUGACAUAUGGACUACUAAAGCAUGGGAUGAUAUCCAAAGAUGCUUUCCGAAUGAUGAAAAUGGGAGCCGAAUUUUGUUGACCACUCGAGAUAGAGAGAUAGCUCUGUAUGCCAACUCUGGUCAGUAUUGUUAUAACAUGCGUUUCUUAAAUCCAUGUGAAGGUUGGGAUUUAUUUUACCAGAAGUUUUUGGCUAAAGAAUUUCUCAACAAUGAAUUUGAAAAAAUAGGGAGGAACAUUGUUCAGAAAUGUCAGGGUUUACCACUUACAAUUGUGGUGUUAGCAGGGCUUCUCUCUACUAUCAAGUCAGUAGAUGAAUGGGAAAACGUUGAAAGAACUAUAAAUUCAUUGCUGAGUUUAAAUCUUUCUGAACAAUUUUCAAGAAUAUUCAAUUUGAGUUACAACAGUUUGCAUAGCGAUUUGAAGGGUUGCUUUUUGUAUUUGGGACUUUUUCAUGAAGAUUGUGAGAUUCCAAUUAAAAGGCUUAUUAGGUUAUGGAUUGCAGAGGGAUUUGUAGGGACCAUGAGUCAUAACAAGAGGCUAGAAGAAAUAGGUAGAGAUUAUUUGCAAGAUCUUAUUGAUAGAAGUCUAAUUAUGGUUCAUAGGAGAAGCUUUGAUGGAAAAAUCAAGAGUUGUAAGAUGCAUGAUCUGCUACAUGAGUUGUGCACAAGCAAGGCUAAAAUUGAGAACCUUUUGUACCUUGAAACUGAGGGUAGUAGCGAUCGUUUUGGUCGCUUUAUUCAAUUGGGUGAUAGCCGUUGGUUAAGUCUUAAAGUAGCAAUUCCAGCUUUUCAUUUGGUCAUUGCUUCAGAGGAAUGUCGUUCUAUUUUAUGUUUCAAUAUGGCUCUAAACUGUGAUCGUGAAUGGUAUUUGCUGGCCAACUCUUUUAAGAAGUUAAGAGUGUUAGACUUGAGCAAGAUUAACUUUGCAAGAGGUAUGCCUCCAGAUAUUACAGAUCUUGUUUUCCUAAGAUACCUAGCAUUAGCCUCAAGUAAGCUUCUAAACUAUAUACCUGUGUGGAAAAAUUGGAACCUACAGACACUAAUUAUCAGUGAAGAUGACAACGGCUCCCGCAAGUCGCCUGAUGGAAUUUGGGAAUUGCCACAAUUAAGGCAUCUGGAAUUGUACCACCAGGUUUCUAUAGAUCUUCCAAAAGUGGUUCAACAGAAUCUGCAGACACUUUAUUGGUUGUCUACCUUAGAGUGCACAAUGGAAGUGUUUCUGAGAAUCCCGAAUGUUAAAGAGUUGGGAAUAAUUGCAGGAGACGAAGCCUCGCCACCACAGGGCUUAAAUAAUCUGUGUUGUUUAAGUCAUCUUGAGAAGCUAAAAGUUCAGGGCUCUUACCAUCCAGCUUCACACCUACGUCCACAGGCCACUAUCUACCCACAAAACCUUAAGGAGUUAACAUUUGUGAGAACUCUUAUACCAUGGGAGGACAUGAAUUGCAUUAGUGUGCUACCCAAUCUUGAGGUGCUUAAACUCAGAAACUUUGCCUGCGUGGGAUCAGAGUGGGAACUAAUUGAAGAAGGUGGCUUCCAACAGUUAAAAGUUUUGCUCAUUUCUCUUACAAAUUUGAAGGAAUGGAAGGCAAAUGUUGGGUCUCCUUUCCCGAAACUCGAAUGCUUACUCUUAAGAAAUUGCUUUGAGUUGAAAGAGAUGCCAGAGUGGAUUGAAGAUAUCAUCACACUCCGGUUAAUUAAGUUGGAGUAUUGCUACGCAUCCCUUGUGGGUUCUGCUCAGAGGAUUAAAGAAGAGCAACUUGACAACUACGGAAAUGAUAUGUUAGAUGUUAUUGACUCUAAUACACGACAAGAGCCUUUGGUUUGAAGCAAGGAGGCUAAGAAUCGUAUGGGGUGAUGAUACUAGGUAUUGGAUUUGGACAAGGGACUCUGAAUUUGGAUGUGAGGUUGCGAAGCUUGAAAAAGUUAGCUGGUUGGAAAUCAGAUUAAACUUUGACGUUAGGUGCUUAUCUAAGAUGACAUGUUAUUCUGCCUACCUUGUUUUCAAGCUUGAAAGGGGGCGCUUUCAAGA